AGAAAAUCGUUUAUAUAUUUCCAACUAAACAAGAAAACGCCCACAUGCGAAGAUGUACUCCUUGAUAGCGCUAACCAAAUCCAGUUUAGCGCCAUUUGUCCGAAAUUCUUCGAUUUCACUCUCCGCGCCUCAAGAAAAUCCCCCAAUCCAGAAUUGCUCAAUUGCCCGCGGUUCUCCCAUUCCACAACUCUCGCCAUGACCUCCACACUCCUAACCCGGGCAGCCAGGCCCGCAUGCCGCACCCUGACCAGCCCCAGCGCCAUCCUCUCCACCGCACAACUCCCACCACCCACCACCACCAACACCACCACCACCACCCGCGGAUACUCGACAUCGACAGAAACGACGACCGAACACAAGCCUCGAUGGGCGCAUACCCCGCCCCGCGCAAAGGCGCCGUUCAGUCUGCGGUAUAAUUCCCGAAGGCCCGAGUAUCUGGUGAACUCGGAUCCGAAGCGGUUGGAUCAGUUCUAUAUUCGGAUGCUGGGCGAGGGUGGUGAGACGGUGCUUUCGGAGGAGGUGAAGUGGCUUGCUGUUACGCAUAAGAGUUAUGAUCAGGGUCGGAGGGGAUUUAAUGAUCGGUUGGCUUUUGUUGGCAAGCGCAUCGUUCAGUUGCAGACCUCGUUGGCUUUGGUGCAGAACCCGGCGAACUCGGCUGGUCCUGUUGCGGAAGAUCCCCAUGGCCGACAAUUGUUUGCUCAUCCGGCGCUGGAGGGGCUGGACAGUCUGUCCGACAGCACGAAGGUGCUGCUCACGGGUAAGACGAAGCUGGCGCAGUUGGCGCAGAAGUACGACAUGCAGAAUGUUCUGAGGUGGUCGCCGCGGAAGCCCAACAACCUCGCCGCCUCCGGAAUCGAACUCGUCAUGGCUCACACAAUGUACGCGGUUAUUGGCGCCAUUGCUCUGGAGAAAGGAGGACAUUUCGCCAACAAGGUGGCCCAGGACCGGAUACUGGAACCCUUGGGCGUGAAGACGAUUGCCUAAGCUUUCUUUGGGAGGAUAUUACUGGGAAUUGGCCGCAGGAGCAUAUCAUGGCGUUGUUCCGUUGUCUCUUUGUCUUCUUGAUAUGAUGUUUUAUGGAUGUACUGUACUACUACGCUGUCGGACAUCCCUCUGUAUAUGUACUUUUACGAUACGGGUUUAGAAUACCACGACUUCUCAACAAUCACAUUGCAUUAUUAAAUAAACAAGAAAGAAAAAAAAAGUAUGUACGGUUCCUCUGACACCGCCCGGAUAACCUGUAAAAUACCCGGCCAGCUCUUAUGGAACCCUCGCUGUAAAACGAUCGUAGUCUCCGCGCCUCUGUAUCGCAAGAUUCAGCUAUUAAAAUUAACCUGACAACCCCCGCGACAGAAUGCCACGAGAGUCAUAGGAGCCUCCCCCCCAAAGGAAGAAGACUAAUGCAGCCUUGCACUGUCUAUCGAGAGCGUAAAUUGGUAC